AUGAUCAAGAAUUAUCUUGAAAAACUUCGAGCACCAGGGGCAGGGGCACCGGACCAAGCCCGUCCCCAGCGCGGUGGUUCGGGGUGGCCCGCGCCCGGACCCAAAACAGACCGACGUCGGUCCGGCCAAAACCGCACAACGGGAGGACAAGGGAGGCGGUUGGAUCGCCCCAACAAAACCCACAGUCCACCGACGGGCCCAAAACCACAGAGGCCACCGCCCGUGGGUUUAAAUUCAUCAAAAAACAGUAAUGAAAAGGUCCCGACCCGGGAAAGCCGGACGGGCCCAGGGGACGGGGCGGAGCAGGGCACAAAGGAAGGACAGACGAUCGUAAACGCCGCCGCUCCGAAGCGGCCAUCGAAGAUCGAUGGUGCAAGCCAAGAACAAGACGACGUCACGGACGACCAACGAACACGUCACCCCAACGCGUAUAACAGACACAGCACGAGAGGUGUGGGGGUUGGCGCCCGCAACACAAGGCACAGAACACACCACAACCACCCCGACGGACGUCGCGGGGAGCCCACACCGGCCACUCGUCGCACGCCCAACACAACCAAAGAAGUGAGCACCGGAGCCCAAGAAGCCUUACAAGCAAUGCCCACCCAAGCCCAAACCGGGACACCGCCCGGCCCACCAGGGGGCCACCACAAACCACCGACCACCCCCCCACCCGGGGCCCCGGCGAGGAAACCACACACGUCAAAAAGCCAAGUGCUACCAAAGCAACGGGGGCCAGCCCCGGGUCGCACAAAAAGCCCAGCACAAACCAAACACCACAACGGGCCCACGAGCCGGCGGGUCCACAACACCGAACCCGCCAAACACCCACGCCACAUAAACCCAGCGCCACCCGCAGCAGCCGCCCGCACGGCGGCAAGCAAAAGACCAAAAAAAGCGGCGCGCGGGCGGGAAGCACCCACCCCCAACCAGCCAAGGAGCCGACCACAACCGGGAAACACCCCCAGCCGUCCACUCCCCCACCACAGGCAGACCACCGCCAAAACACACACAGGGAACCAGCAGCGGCCCAAAACACACCAACCCCCGACCACAACACCCGGCACCCGUACCGGCAGGAAACAGACCGCCCCAAAAACCACCACACGGCAACACGCCCAACCACGUCCGCACACAAGCCCACAGGAAAAGGUAAAGCAACCAGGAGCAAAGGGUUUAAAAGGAUUCAGCACGAUCACCAUAUUCCACUGUUUCACCCGGGUAUCACGGGACAAGACCGCCCACACGACAGAGGCCACAGACGGAGCGGGGCACAACCAAGGCGCCCCCAGUACAAAAGGCGAGGUGUACAGAACCACACCGGAACGCCAUCACAAAAUACACAUCAAGAGGGGGCCAGGGAUACAACCACCCAAAAUCACAGCCACCCCACGCGCAGUGGGGCCAGGGGGGGGGCGGCAGCACCCAGCCCAACACGCAAACACCAGCACAGCCAGCGACGAGCACCGUCCAAACAGUGGAGCACGUCAGCGAAUCUCAAGACGAGUCAGCGACGGAGGAUCGGCCCCAUCACGCCACGGACAACAACCAGCACCAGCACGCACGGGCGGGUACAGGCACCCCCCCACGGGCGGGAGCCGGGGCACAAGAGCAGGCGAGGACCAACACCCGGCCCGGCCACCCCACACCACCGCCGCACCACCCAGAAACCGGGCACCAACGGAACGCGGAGCGCAGACGCCAAUGGGCAGGGUCCCGUUCAAGCAGCGGCUCGUCAGCCGAAGACAAAAAGGGCCGGACACGACCUACACAACCCAGGCCGGAGCACGUCCCGCAUAA